AUGGAAAUUAAUGGUUCUGUCUCCAAGCAAAAUGAACCUUCCCUUCUUCUCUCGGAGUCCCUUGUAAGGACUCCCUGGGGGCUCUGCCUGGGCCCCAAGAAGGAGUUUUGGACCCUUCACGGCCUUCUGAUGCGCCACAGGGGCGUCCCCACUCGAAAGCUGGCGCUGCUUCUGCCACAAAUAUUGCUCUUGGCUGUUGUUCUGCUGAGUUCCCCCGCCUGCUGCCGUGUGGUGUUUGUGUCUCCCCAUGGGGGGCCCCUGCUUGGCGUUUCUGCGUCUGUGGACGCUGAGUUCGCCCCCUGGGGGCCCCCCGUAGAAGAGGUGGUGGGGCAACUGAUAUAUAAAGGCAGCAACUGUGGGGCCUCCGACCCCACGCUGCUGUCGGCCACCUCUCUGGACUUCCGCCCCAAAAUUCUGCGCCUGUCGCUGCUGAGUGCCCUUGACUGGCUGGCCACGCGGCUGCUGCCCUUUAGGAGCAGGCUACGACAGGGGCACCACAGUGGGCCGUUUUCUGCUGCUCUUACUGACUUCCACUUUGUCCCUGGUGCUGCUGCAGAAGAAGCUUCAGCGCUGCGCGCGCAAGCGCUGGCUGCAGGGACGGAUCCGCUUGCUGCUGUUUCUGCAGCAGCAGCAGCAGCAGGCACAGAGGCAUCUGCGCCAGCUACAAAGGGCGAUAGCUGGCGCUGGGCAAUGGAACGCACGGGAGCUGCUCGCAGGGAGUCAUUAAAGCUGAUGCUUCCCUUUAGCUCCUUCUUGUGGGUAGAGGGGAAGGGGCCCUGGGCGCCCCCCGAGGGCCCCCCAAGUGGCCCUCUCGGCGGUGCCACGACAAGCAAAACCUCCAUUACCUCACUGCCAAUUUCAGACUUUUCAGUGGAGUCGGACCACGAGCCCUCGCAGCAGCAGCUGGAGCAGCAGCAGCAGCAGCGCGAGGCAGAAGCUGCUACAGCAGCAACCGCAGAAGAGGGAGCCACUGCAGCAGACGCCGAAAGCGUAGCAGCAAGACAGAAAGAAGAGAGCGCCAUGCGGGCAAUGGAGGCAAGGGGCUUCUUUUUACGGGGACGGGAGCGGCGGCCAGAGAGCAUCCACAAGAGGGUUUGGCUGCUUGAUCAGUGCAAGGAGGAAGAUCUGCUGCUGCUAAUCAAGGCAGCAAACGGCUCUGGCGUUGCUGCGCUGCUGCUCACUGACACUCUGUUUAAGGACUACUCGGUGCCUUUGCUGGGCAACGUGUUCGCUCCCAAGCCCCUUAUGCCCGUCGCCUCCGUGCCAGACUCCCCGCUGCUGCAGCAGGUGAAGCAGCACGCAGCAGCAGCUGCUGCAGCAGGGGCGGAUCCGCUGUAUGUACUGGUGGACCGGUUACCCUCGAAAGGCGCGGACUGUGGGGCGCAGCAGCCGGUGCUGCUCGCGUCGCUGCUGACUCUCCCAUUUUGGUGCUUGCUGGCUUGGCUGUCGCAGCAACAGUGCGGGGAGGACAGGGGCCGCGACGUGACUGCGCUGCACAGGCUGCUGCUGCUGCCGCCGGCUCUGAAGGCCACAGCUGCUGCUGCACAUGUCGUGUACGCCCUCCAGUGCCCCGCCUGGAAUGCGCCGGGCUCCCAGUACAUCAUCAUGGCGGUUAUGGCUUCCGAGACGCUUUUUCAAACCCUAUUCGUAGCAUGCAUCUUGCUUAUCAGCAAGGGCUACCUUAUCACCAGAGAAACACUCAGCAGCAGUGAAAGCAUCGCCAUGGCAGUGCUGAUAAGCGCCGUGUAUGUCAUGAGCAGCGUCAGCCAAGUGGACCCCCUGGAAUGCUUGCCGGCUCGUUUGGUUCUCCAGCUGGUCACUCUUGGGACAAUUCUGCCCUCGUGCUCCAGCUGCAUCCGAAAAAUCAGGCUGCGCCUGGAGUACGUGCGUGCUGCGGGCCUUGAGGAUUUGCGGCGGGCGUUGGAGCUGAAGGAGAACAUGUUCGAAGUGCACGCUCUGUCGUGCUUUUUUUUCUUUGUGGUUUCCUGCCUCUCAUCCAUUUCUUUUCUCCUUAUCUUAGACCGCCCUGACCUUUCCGAUGCUGUCACCGUCUUCCUCGAGCUGGGCUUGUGGAGUGUCGUAGCAGCAACUUUCAGGCCUAGGCGAGGGCUCCCUUACUUCACGCUUCUACAGGCCGUAGAGCAGCAACCCAUCUUGCCCAUGUACGCAGCAACCCCGCUGCUGCGCUGCCAAGAUGGGCUGUCAGAUUGGGGAACUUCGCGCGGCGGCGCCGGCGGCGCCGGCCAGCUAGACGAGUCCUUUACGGGGGAAUGCCCUAUUCUGAUUGUGAACCCAUCAGCUCCAGGCUCCAACGCCGACGCCUACAAGGGCCUCGCUGUUGGCACUCUUAUCGCCCCCCGCAACCCGCAAAGCUAA